AUGCAGUCAACUACGCAGUGGUUUAUUAUUUGGGGCAAUGCUAGUAUCCCUGUCCCUUCUAAGGAUCCCUGGUAUGACCAGCCAAAUAAUAUCAGCGAAUACUCUCCAGGAGAGGUGAUCCGAUCUCGCCAGGUAUCUGCUCAACUGGAACCGUUCAUAUCAUUCCCGGUGAACGUUUCCGUCAAGGCAGUCUAUCAGUAUCUAUUCCGGACCACAGAUAGUUUAGGCGAUGCGGUGGGCUCCGCGGUUACUUUGAUAGAGCCGUACAAUUCAGAUCCUUCCAAGCUGCUUGGAUACCAGGCAUUCUAUGACUCCGCUUCGGUUGACUGCAGUCCAUCCUAUACCCUGCGUGCCAAAAACCAAGACUUGGGUUUCACACUGUCUGGUCUGAAUGUCUCCGAAGACAUUCCGUUCGUAAGUACCGUGCUAGUAAUCCGUCAAAGGUUCCAGAGACUAAUAGUUUACGAGAUUGGCGCGGCCCUGAAUCUGGGCUGGUGGGUGUUCACUACCGACUAUGAAGGCCUCGAAGCAGAAUUUACUGCUGGUCUUCAGUCCGGUCAUGCCGUCUUAGACUCCGUCAGGGCAGUUCUUAACGAAGGGCCCCAAGUUGGACUGUCUGAAAACCCAGUCUACGCAUUGUGGGGCUAUUCAGGUGGUUCGCUGGCCUCUACAUGGGCUGCCGAGCUCCAACCCGCAUAUGCACCUGAACUUAACUUUGCCGGAGUCGCUGUUGGCGGGCUGACGCCGAAUAUCAGCUCCGUUUUGCAGACCAUCAACAAUGGUUCGGACGCAGGGCUUGCCUUCUCUGGGAUUGCUGGGCAGGCAAAGGCAUACCCAAAUCUCACUGAAUGGCUUGAUGUCAACCUAGUGCCCUCCAAAUCAGCGUUCUUUUACGAGGUCGCUAGUGACUGUCUCUCGGCUGCAAGCUCGGCAGCAUCAGGACAGGACCUAUAUACCUAUUUCAAAGAUGGUGAGGCAUCUUUCUACCAGGACGUCCCCCAGUCCAUCUUCAAAUGGUCAGGACAAAUGGGCGUCCAUGGGACACCGACAGCACCGAUGUUCUUUUACAAGGCAGUUGGUGAUGAGAUUAGCCCGGUUGCGGACACGGAUGCCCUAGUAAAGAAAUACUGUGCCGAGGGUGCCACUAUCGAGUACCAUCGAGAUCUGGUCGGGGACCAUGAGUCAGAGGCUAUUUCGGGAUCAGCAAGUGCCUUAGAAUGGCUCGCUGAGCGAUUGGAUGGGCAAGAAGUUAGCAGCGGCUGCAGCACAGAGGAUGUGGUUCUUUCCUCUUUGGACUUAGGGACGGUGGUGGUGUUAGGCGAAGAGCUAUUUACCAUUCUGGAAACCGUUCUAGGCGGGAUGUUAUAA